AUGGCUGCUGAUGAAUCUGAAGGGGAGAUGGCUGCUGAUGAACCUGAAGAGGAGGAUGCUGACAUGAUCAAUGACGUAGAUGCUGUGCCUGAAGCUAUUCCUGAAGAGAAUCCUGUAGAAAAUCCUGUGGCAGGAGAAGAUGUGGAGAAUGUCAUUGAAGAUCUGGAUGAUCUUGAUGGUGACUCUCUCGAUCAGUUCGUUGCAGCACUAGCCUUUCCUGAAGAGGGUUUUUACGUUGCUGUUGCUGCUGUAGCACCUGGUGAGCUGUCUGGAGGUUUGGUAGACUACACCUCGGAUGAUGAGUCAGUUUAG